AUGAAUACCCAAGUUUGUGUGAAUUGUUACAAUAAAAAGGCUGUUAAUUCGACUGACAACCGUUUAGUAACGGAGAGUUGCGGUCAUGUUAAGUGUAUGGAUUGUCUUCUGCAAGAAAAAUCGGGUUGUGUCGCCUGUAAGCAGAACGUUAGCGAGCCUGAAAUAAUCGAGAGUUCAAAACAGAAUCCUCCGAUGACGCCGGUUGAAGGCUACGAAGAACCAGCAGCCUGUGAAGAUGUUUCUAACGAAGAUAACGGAAACAUCGUAGAUCCCAACUCUAAGAAAAAACUAGAAAUCUCUCACAUUAAGAUAGAAAUGGAUGGUGACAGAAAAUGCUAUACAUGUACAGUGUGCAAGAAAAAGUUUUAUGCUAGGAGCCAAGUAUCAUAUCAUGCUUAUUGCAAUGGUCAGAAAAAACCAUAUAAUUGUCAACUUUGUAAGCAGAGCUUUGCGUCCCUAUCACAUUAUAAAUACCACACUCGGGUACACAGUCAGGAACGUUCUUACAGUUGUGAUGUGUGCGGAGCAGGCUUCUAUCAGAUGUCUAAGCUGAAGAGGCACAAGUUGAAACACACCAAAGAGAAGAAUUUCUCGUGCAGUGAGUGCAAUAAAGCAUUCAACAACAUGUCCUCACUAAGAAAACAUGCUCGCACACACACAGAGGAAAGACCGUACUCGUGUAAUACAUGUGGCAGACGAUUCAGAGACAGUUCCAACUAUAAGAAACAUGUUGAUAAACACAAGAAACUAUGCAAGUCGUGUGGAAUAGAGCUUCAGGCGAAUGGUGUUCAUCGCUGCGAAGGUAGUGGUGGGGAGGCUGGUAGUGGCAGUCCUAGUGGGAUGGGCAACGGUGGGGCGCCCACCGUGGGCGGGCCUCGCGCUCACGCCUGCCCACGAUGCAGGAAAGCCUUCCACUCCAGGAAGGAUAUGAGACGACAUGCAGCCAUACACUCAGAUUCCAAACCGUUCCGCUGCAAAGCCUGUCCUGACGAGCGACGUUUCAGACGCAAAGAUAAUUUAGAGCGGCACAUCCGCAACGCACAUCCCAACUGCGCGCCCGCCACGGCUCUGGAAUGCGAUCUGACCGCCCUCCAGAGCGUAGCCCACCACGCCUAUGAAAUACACGAGAAAAUACGCCUAGAAAUACUAAACCCACUACCACCACUACCUCAAGAAGUCAUCCAAAAACACAUAGACGUGGAGAUCGUCGACAAAAAGUCAAUCAUAGAAGCGAACAACGCCAGGGAGAGCGUCAUAGUCGAGAAGAAACACGAAGAAAAGAAGAUCGUUACGCCAGAGAACGAAUAUGUACAUAAAAUAAGGAAAGCCAUAAUACCUCUACCUCCGAUAGACCAGGAGAAGUUCAGAAGCGUGCAAAGAGGAUUACUACCGGACAACGUGGCCGCUGCACCCAUCAAGAAUAUGGAGAUAUACAAGAAGAUAUUGUACGAGAAGAUAGAAAAGGACUCGCCCGAGGUCAUUCAGAACCCCAAGAUGCAUUGGAGGAGGAAGAUGGAACAGGAUAGCAAUUAG